AUGGAGUUUGAAGGGGCUAAUGAAAGGGUACUCUUGAGAGGUUUAAAGCUAGGAGGGUUGACAUUAGAGGGUGGUAGUAAAACUAUACUCCACUCUAUAAACCAUGGCCAAGGUUUAUGGAUACAGUUGCAAGUAGUGCAAGUAUUGCAUGUUCGCAAAGCCAAUAGAAGUUGGCGCCUAUUUGUCGAAUACCGAGCAUUAAACAAGGAAAUUGUGAAAGAUAAGUUUUCUAUACCCAUGAUAGAUGAGUUAUUAGAUGAAUUGCAUGGGGCUAUGGUAUUCUCGAAGCUGGAACUAAGAUCUGGAUAUCAUCAAAUAGAGGUGGCGGAGGAAGAUAUCCCUAAAAUGGCUUUUAGGACUCAAGAGGGUUUGGAGUGCCUGCUGGAAGUUGACUACUUGGGCCAUGUUAUCACGGCUGAAGGAGUAAAAGCAGAUUUCUCAAAAAUACAAGCCAUGUUAGAAUGGCCUAAACUGAAGAAUGUCAAGUCCCUAAGAGGUUUCAUAGGCUUAACAGGUUAUUACCGCAAGUUCAUUAGGCAUUAUGGAGCCAUUGCAGCCCCCUUUACAUAG